AAGCUCCUUUUUCAGAAGAACUUGACCCUUACCAUUGAUGGAAGCAAAAACAGAGAUCCUUCCGUUUUUCUCUCUAUAAAAAAAUUAUUCAUCCAGCUACUGCAAUGAAGACUCUGCAAACAAAUGUGGGCAUCCAAGCAGGAUUUCCUUUACAAUGAAGGAUCAUCCAACUGAUAUCGUCUAAUGUUAACAAGAGAAGCAAAUCCCAAUCCCUUUUGUCCGAGGGGGAGUUGUCCCCACUUCAAACAACCAAUAAACGGUAGGAGGAGGAACAAAGAAGAUCUGGGGAGUGGAGAUAACAACAUGUGUGAGUGAACCUCAACAGAUCUCCCCAACGCACUAUAGCAGAGGUGCUUUACAGUUUCCUGUUAUUAAGAAAAGACAAGGCAUCAUACAGUAGAAGAACUCAACCAUGGGGAAGAAAAGGCCUAAGAGAAGUGGCCAGCUAAAUUUGCCUGAAAACAUGCAGAACUGGACAAAAGAACAUGUAUUCCAAUGGGUGACCAAUAAUCUUAAGCUUGAUGAAAAACAUGGUCACACCCUUCUCCGUGAAGAUGUAACAGGCGCCGUUUUGAAGCUCCUGUCAGAGAAAGACCUUAAAGUCAUGGGGAUAACCUAUGGCCCAGCAAUUCAAAUAAUGCACGCACUGAAAGAGAGGGGUGGUUUAGUUGAAGGCCCUAGCACGGUUUCUGGGCAAAAACAUAGCACAGAGCUUCGGGAUGCUAAAUCUUCCAGUGAGAACAAAGAUGGAGGAGGGAUGAAAGAAAAUGCUGAAGGGAACUUAGUUGAUGCCUAUAGAACACCAGGAAUUGUAACACCUGAAUGCCCCGCGCCAACAGAAUCCAUGCUUCAAGAAACAACAAAAAGCAUGCUUCAGCAUGAUAGUGGAAAUAAUCAACUUCCAACCAGACAAACAUGUUUACCAUACCCUUUUGACGAGUUUCACAGCAGUCAUCGCUAUAUACAGCAUUAUGUUCUCCAUAUUCCUGAAACCGGGCCGCUGAAUCUCAUCGAUCCAGUUCAUGAAUUUAAACUCUUUACGAACACAGAGAAUGCCACAGAGGAGGAACUGAAGGUGAAAUUUUGCAAUGAGAUCUUUAGAUUUGCUGCAGCGUGCAUGAAUUCCCAUACUAAUGGCACUAUCCACUUGGGAGUACAGGACAAUCCUCAUGGGGAAAUUGUUGGGGUGAAAGUCCAGAACAAAGAGAAAUAUAUUAACUAUUUUGACUUGAUGAUAAAGAAAUACUUCGGAAAUCAUGUCAUCAGUGUUGCAAAAGAUUGCAUUAGGAAGCCUCGGUUUGUGGAAGUGUUGCAGCAAAAUAGCAUGACAUCGGAAACAUUUGUUAUUGAAGUCGAUGUGGUUCCCAAAUAUUCUAGUUGUCAAUCUAAAUAUUUCCCUACUAGCAGUUACAGCUUUAAAAGCAAAACAUGGGUGCAAAGUUUAUUUAUAAGGGAUGGUGCUUCUUCCAAAAAUAUUCUUAAUUCUAAAACAGAAAAUAAGGCAUUUAUGUCUAAUCUGGAGAAAUUAGCAAUAAAUAGAAAAGAAGCUGAAGAAAAGCACGGAGAAAAAAGAAGGAAGAAAGAUAGCGAGGGUCUCAAGCUGGUGAACUUACUCACAGGCAACAGAGACUUGCUCGAUAACUCCUAUUACGCUUGGUAUAUUUUAGUCACAAACAAAUGCCAUCCACAUCAUACACAGCAUGUGACUUUCUUGCAGGAAAUAAACUUAUUUGCUGUUCUAGAGUUCGAUCCUGAGUCAGCCAGUAAUGGUGUGGUCAAAGCAUUCAGAGGAAACCGAGCUGCAAAUCUUCAUUUCCCAGAGCAGUACCAGAGCCCCGGGAAUUCAGCUUCUGAAACAAUUGAAAAACUGAAUCUCUAUCAGCAGCCAGGUUGGAUUUUUUGCAACGGCAGGUCAGACCUGAACAGGGAGCCCCCCUUGAAUCCUAGACUGUGGCAGCAACAGAGGGCUGCUGAAGUCAGGAAACUAAUCUCCUUUCUUUCGCAUCCAGAUGUAAUGCAAAGAGGGAAAUUUUUGGUGAUGUUUCUCUUGCUUUCGAAAGUGGAAGAUCCAGGUGACCCCAUGAUUGAAACAUUUUGUGCAUUUUAUCAAGAACUUAAAGGACUGGAUGACAUGCUGUGUAUCUGUAUCGGGGCACAAACAUACCAGUGCUGGAAAGAUCUCUUGCAAGCCAGAUUUAUUGAAGCAGACACGCUAGCAGACAGGUGUAUAUCUAACUUGAGCCUGCCAAUGGUGAACGGUACUAUCCAAAAAUUAAAAUCAGUGACCCAAACAUCUCAGAGACUUUUGCCAUCAAAAGGAUUUUCUUCUACAGUUCUCUCAAAGAAAGAAGAAGACUUCCUAACUGCAUUGGAAAUACUUUGUGAAAAUGAAUGCAAGGACACAGAAAUUGAGAAGAAUAAAGAGCGAUUUUCUGAAUUUAAAAAAAACCAAGAAGAGCAUUUUUAUCGUGGUGGGAAAGUGUCUUGGUGGAAUUUUUAUUUCGCCUCCGAAAGCUACUGUUUACCUUUUAUUAAACGGGAUGCCUAUGAGAAGCUUGAAGAUUUGAUUGAGACAGGGUCUCAGUUUCCUAAACAGUCACCCACAAAAAUUAUCAACCUUUACCAUUAUCCAGGCUGUGGGGGUACUACUUUAGCUAUGCAUAUUCUCUGGGAACUGAGAAAGAAAUUUAGAUGUGCUGUUCUAAAAAAUAAAACAGUUGAUUUUGCAGAAAUUGGAACACAACUGACCACCUUAAUUAGAUAUGGGACAUCCAAUGAGUUGGACUAUUUCCCAGUAUUGCUACUUGUGGAUGACUUUGAAGAGCAGGAAAAUGUUUACCUGUUGCAACACGCUAUCCAAUCUGCGAUAACAGCUAAAGGUAUUAUAUAUGAAAAUCCUUUGGUAAUCAUCUUAAAUUGUAUGAGAUCUCAGAAUCCUGGAGAAAGCGCAAAGAGCAACAGUCUGAAUAGUAUAGCUCUGAAACAAAAAUUAAAUCCGAAGGAACAAAGGGCUUUUGAAGAAAAACUGAAAGAAAUUGAAGAUCAGUAUGAUAAUCCUGAAGAUUUUUAUUCAUUUAUGAUUAUGAAAAAGAAUUUUGAUCAACAGUACAUAGAGAAAGUAGUCAAGAACACACUGAAAGGUUUCAAUGUAACAAGUAAGCAAGCUCAGCUUAUUUCCUUUUUGGCAUUGUUAAAUUCUUAUGUUACAGAGUCCACAAUCUCAGUAUCACAGUGUGAGGAAUUUUUGGGAAUAAGUACUAAAAAGGCUUUCUGGGGGACAGAAAAUUUGGAUGACAAAAUGGGAAAUUGUUCUAACAUUAUAAUACAAACUGAAAUGCAAGAACGUGGACGAUACAAAGGUGUACGUAUCAGUCACUCCCUGAUUGCUGUACAGUGCCUAGAAGAAUUCAAACAAACAUACAAGUUGACUAAAAGUGAGAUUACACUUUUGUUGUUAAGAGAGAAUUUAUUUUAUGACACUGGCAUAGGGAGAGACAAAUUUCAGCAAGAUGUGCAAAGCAUGCUACUUACACGGCACCGAAAGGAACAUGGAGAUGACACAGACACAUUGUUUUCCCCAUUAAUUGAAGCAAUUCAAAAAGAAGAAGGGAGUGCUGAAGUUAAGGAAGUUUUGACUGCGGGGACUGACAGAUUCAACCAAAAUGUAUUUAUUAGCCAAGCUUUAGCAAGGCAUUUCUACAUUAAGGAGAAGAAUUUUCCCAGUGCAUUACAGUGGGCUAGAAAAGCUAAGGAAAAUGCUCCUAACAACUCAUUUAUAUCAGACACUUUGGGCCAAGUUUUUAAAAGUGAAAUAAAACGUUGGCUAGAUGAAAAUACAGAGAAAUCUGUCAUAACUGUAGAUGCUCUGAAACAUUUAUUGAAACUUGCAAAGUGUGCCUCAGAAGCAUUUAAAGAAUCACAACAACAAACAGAAAAUAAAGACAGUGAAAGAGAAUAUUCUCAGAGUAUAAAAUAUAAGAGAAGAUAUGAAAUGUAUAACACAUCUGGCUACCUAGGAGAAAUAGAAACUGGUUUAUACACUAUAGAAAUUAUUGCAACUACACCGUUGUUCAACAAGAAAGAUGAUCUCUUUAAAAAACACAUCAUACAGUUCUUGUCAGGAAACUGGGCUAUCCCAAAAGCCACAAAUGAUACAGACAGUGAAGAAUACAGAUUGGCACUUGAAGAGUAUGCUAAUUAUUUAAGUAAUUUGCAAGAGAAUUUGAAAAAAGCCUUUGAUUUUUUUGACAACUACUUCAUCCCUCUGAAGCCAAAGAAUCCUGAAAAAGAAAUCGUGGAGCUCAAAAUACGGAAGAAAGUUCAAGAUUUUUUCAACAAGUAUGCAGAAAUCUUUUACUCUGACUUUGAAUGGGUAAUGAACUCAAAACUGAGCUCAUCUUUAGAACUGGAAAAUUACAGGAAGAAUUUAGCAGCUUCCAAAGCAGACAAGUUUUCUGGAAUUUUGGAACAUCUGAGCAAUCACGAAAAUCCUAUAAAUAAAAUGGAGGACAUAGUGAAUAAGUAUACCAUUUUGCUUACUCAGACCUCUACCAAAUCUCUGCAGAGGGACAAACAGAAUUUUAUCCUGGCCAACAUUGUCCUCCAUUGUCUCAAUCCAAAAUCCAAAAAGCUGCAAUCUUUUCUAGAGCUAAAAGAACAGCUUAGAACAAUUCUACAAUCAAUAGGUCUAGAGUACCGGUUUUCAGAACCAUACUUCUUAGCCUCCUUAUUAUUCUGGCCUGAAAAUCAAAAGCAACUAGAUAAAGAUUCUAAACAAAUGGAAAAAUAUAUCAAUUCAUUGAAGAAGGCAUUUAAUUGCCAGUAUUGGCAAAUGUGCCGAUCCAAGCAACCUUUAGCAUUCUUCUACCUGGGGAAAGGAAGCAAUCUGAACAAAUUUAUUCACAAAGGAAAAAUUGAUCAGUCUAUUAUCAAGAGCUGGCACAAGACAAGGUCCAAGAUGAGUGAUGAGCUGAGCGCCCUUUGGCAGAGUGGAGAGAUCUGGAAAACAGAUGUUGUUAAACAUCUUUUGCUUCGGUUGAAUGGCAGAGCUGAAGAUAAUCUUGUCUAUGUAGAUUAUGGUCUUGAUGAAGACAUCAGAAUACCAGCACGCCCUGUCUUCUUAGGACAGCUAAAGAGUGGUCGCAGCAUAGAACGAGUAUCUUUUUACUUGGGGUUUUCCAUUGGAGGUUUAAUAGCCUAUGACAUAGAAAUCAUUUAAAAGGUUUGAAAGUAUAUUCCUCUGUAGUGUACAUGAAAUGUGAUAGCUCCUUUGUUUAUAGCUACAAGAAACACAUCACAUUCCCCACCCCCCUACUACCUAUAUAAGUGGUUGCAUAUUAUGGAAGAAUUCUGGGGUAUGAGCUUAACCUGACUCCUUCCAUCUUGGGUUUUAGGCCUCAGACAGGUAAAGAAAAGUGUAGCUUGCCAUUUUGGCAGUAUAGAGUAGCUUGACAUUUUGGCAGCAAGUUGUGUAGUUUGACAUUUGGCUAAGACUGAGAAGGAGAAGAAUAACUUGGGACUCAAUGUCAAAUAUAUUGGCUAAUUUAGAUAUUUUUAUGCUUUUAUCCUGUACCUUCACCCUGAUGGACCUGGCCUAGGUCCCAUGCCCUAAUUGGAACUCGCUUAUAUCCUGUAUUCCCACCAGUUAUGCCUAUACGUGUAUCUACGUGUACUCCAUGUUCCUACCAUGUAUGCCAAUAUGCACGUCCUGAUUUUUUCCUAUUCUUGAGACCAUGUAUGUAACAAAGAUAAGAAAUCUUAUGCAAUAUUUAUGUCACUAAAAGAUGUCAAUAAAACAUGUAACUGUUGUAUCAGAUGUCAAUCUCACACUUAGAGUUUUGCUCUCAGUGUUGGUUCUUUUUUCUACUGCUUGCAAUAAAAAAAUCCUUAAAGGGACAGAGAA